GUGGUGCACGAGGUGCUUUCCUACAAAGAUGUCUACUACAACCCCUUGUCUUGGCGAUUUCUGCUCAUGGUGUGCAUCGAACCCUGCUGGCUGCACAUCGUUGGAAUGAUCCCAAUUGAGCUCAUGGCUUACCACGGGUGGUCUCAGAGUGCAGUGACAAUGCUGAUCCUGAUACAGCCCAUGUUCCUCGUGUUUCUGGGCGUGGUUCCGAGGCUUUGCUUAAGGCUCGGCUACACCACCAUGAUGGCCGUAUGUCUAGUGUACCUUUACAGCGUCCUGAUUCUUCUGAACCUGACCAUUGCGGUCUCCGACUCCGCUGCCCUGGCGAUGCUUCUGGCGUUCACGGUCAUCGGCGGCUUCAUGCCCCUGAAGGAGUACGUGGACUCUCGCUUCUCCACCCCGGAUGAGAUCGCACGGUUCAAAAGCGUUCAGUGGAUCAUCGGGUACGUCCUCGGUAUGGGCAUCGGCCCUGUCUACGCGGCACUCUUUGAUGCUUCAGCCACCACAUACCUGUCGCGAACUGCACCGAACUUCCUCGCGUGCACAUGCAUGAUCAUUCAGUGCCUACACGUGCGGUUCAUCAUGUAUCCGUACAUGAGGGUCACCUUGAAUCUCAUGGACGAGCUCGAAGGCAAGCAGAAAAAGCUCUACCAGACCGUGAAGGUAAGCGAUUCCCUUGACAAAGAGGCCUGGCAAUCUGCAAACCUUGAGAAACAUCUUGGCAAGAGCUUCGAGGAGGCGAAGGGGCCUUUCCCUUCCAUCGAAGCCUUCCGGGAGUUUUGCAAGAAGGAGAGUGGCGGCACCAACGCCGAGACGAAGGUCUUCAUCGCAAAGCUGGAGGCAGCACUGGCUGCAGCUCCUGAGAAGGAGGAGAAGGAGACGAAGAAAGCGCAGUGA